UUCAUCACAUCAAGUCUUUCUAGUCAACGGAAAGAGGCUUUGCUGGGACUUGAGCUUGGAAACACAGCUCUGUGAUGCCGGGACCGUGACUAGGAAACACAGUUCUUAGGACAUCACAUCUUCCUGCACAAAGGGGCCAUCUCCGUACCAAACACCAAAGAGCCUGUAAUUGAGUAAUGAGAGAAGGAACAGUUUAUAUACAUGCUGCAUCCAGGUCAGAGCAUUAAAACCAAAAGUUCCCUUUUCCUGAUCUACAGGUGAAGAAGACACACCUGCUCAGAGAGGAUAAGAGAGACAAAUCACCCAGUGGCUAGAGGCUAAAACGGGGAGGGUGCAGGGGAGUAACCAGGUCCUGCUAACACAAUACUUCCUCUCAGUGUUAGUGACAGCAGAAAAAUACACCUUUGGACAGGACAUCCAUGGGUCCUGGGAGGUUGUGAAAGGGAAGUUCAGGAGACUCACAUGGCUUCUCUCUUCUGCAGGGUUCAAGGAAGGUGUGCAGGCAGGUAUAGCUGUCUCUCCUGGAUGCCAAGAUUUGAGCCCCAGAAGUCUCCCAUGGUUCCUUAUCACAUCCGCCAGUACCAGGACAGCGACCAUAAAAGAGUCGUGGAUGUGUUCACCAAGGGCAUGGAGGAGCACAUCCCCUCCACCUUUUGGCACAUGCUUAUGCUGCCCCGAACCCUCCUGCUCUUACUUGGGGUGCCCCUUGCCCUGGUCCUGGUGUCUGGCUCCUGGCUCCUGGCUGUUAUUUGCAUCUUCUUUCUGCUCCUACUCCUGUGGCUCCUUGCCGGACAGCCCUGGAAAGAAUAUGUGGCCAAAUGUUUGCAGACAGACAUGGUUGACAUCACCAAGUCUUACCUGAAUGUACAUGGCGCCUGCUUCUGGGUGGCUGAGUCUGGGGGGCAGGUGGUGGGCAUAGUGGCUGCUCAGCCAGUGAAGGAUCCUCCGUUAGGGAGGAAGCAGCUGCAGCUCUUUCGCCUGUCUGUGUCCUCACAGCAUCGAGGACAGGGGAUAGCGAAAGCGCUGACCAGAACUGUCCUCCAGUUUGCGAGGGACCAGGGUUACAGUGAUGUUGUUCUUGAGACCAGCACCUUACAGCAAGGUGCUAUGACUCUCUACCUGGGCAUGGGCUUCCAGAAGACAGGCCAGUACUUCAUGAGUAUGUUCUGGAGGUUAGCAGACAUUUGUACAAUUCAAUUAAAGUACUCCUUCCCUUCUGCCUAGGAAGGGUGGCUGUGACCUUAUGCUCCUGUGCAGCAAGCACACUUCUCUGCACUCUGCUACAGGAGUCAGUGAACCCUGUCAUGUUAGUGUGAUUAACAAUAAAAGCUUGUUGGUGCACACCAGA